GCGAAGAAGCAGACAUGUCUACAUUUUGUUUAUUGGGGGGGGUAAUUUGCAAGCGACAACUUUUGCGUUUCAGCACAUUAUUCGAUAGUUAAACGUCUUCGGUGUGCGUCGCGGACGUAAAGUUUAGCCGGGGUCUCUUCCUUCGAGUGGUCGUAGCGCGCUCGCCGCUCAUUAUUAUCAGCCUGGCAGCAAGCAGCGGCAGCGCCGCCGCCACCCCUUUGCCACGCCGCUCUUACCGGCCUGGGAGGGGCUCGGGUUCCCGGUGUCUACCAUUGGCUGCCGCGGAACGAGCAGCGACAGCAGCGAGACGGCGAGAGAGCAUGUUGUCCCGCCGUGCCUCCUCCGGAGAUUCGCUCCAAACGGGCUCGUCGCCGGCGUGCCUUCGCCCCUUCCGGAUCACGUCAUCUUAAAGCGGCUUGACUCACAAAGCGAUGCUCGCCGCCGCCGAGCCGCACCGACACAUUGGCCGGACGCUGCGGGGCCAGAGGAACAUAAAACCCCGAAAGGUCAGCGUCGUGUCGUCCGGAUAGUUAAGCGUGGCCAAAAUGAGCGAGGACGUGUCAGAGGUCCCCAAAGAGCUCGUGGAGAGUGUGCGGGAUGCAGUCGGGAGGAAAGUGAAGCUGUCACUGAGGAAGAGAGUCAAACUGGAGAUCAAAGGAGACAAGACGGAGAACCGAGUCUUGGCUCUUGCGUCCCACCGAAUUUACCUCCUGACAGCGCGCAUUCCCACCAAGGUUGAACACUCCUUUAACUACCUGGAGAUCCAGGGCAUUGCCUGUAACAAGCCAACACAGCUGUUUAUAGAAUAUGAGCGGGGCUACUUCUCAUUGAAGCUGCUCUCCACUGAAGAGGUCAACGAGGUGGUUGCGCAUGUCGGAAACUGCUUGCUCAGAAUAUGUCCAGGUCUUCCUCCCAGUAAAGCAAUGAAGAAGCUCAGCAUGGAGCCGGCAGACAGACUGACCUCGCUGCAGACGUUGUGGGAGAACAACAAACCCGCAGACCCGGGACCGUGUGGUGGCUUUUCUCAGAUGUACAAGUGUGUUUGCGACUGGCUCUCGCUGCCAUACAGAGAAGAAGUUCAGUGGGAUGUUGACACCAUUUAUUUGACACAAGACACCAGGGAGCUUAACUUGCAGGACUUCAGCCAUUUAGAGAACAGAGACUUGGUGGCUAUAAUUGCAGUCCUGGAGUUCAACCAGUGGUUCACCAAGCUCGCCACUAAGGACUACAAGCUGUCUGCAGAUGUUUGUGAGCAGAUCCUCAGAGUGGUUUCUCGCUCCAGUCGACUCGAGGAGCUGGUGCUUGAUAGCGCAGGACUCAAAACUGAUUUUGCCCAGAAACUAGCUGCUGCCCUUGCACACAACCCCAGCUCAGGACUCACUGCCAUCAAUCUUGCCAACAACCCACUCGAGGAUAGAGGUAUUUCCUCACUUGCUGCUCAGUUCGCCAAACUUCGUAUUGGGCUCAAGCACGUAAACUUCUCCAAAACCUCAGUGUCACCCAAAGGGGUGAACAGCCUUUGUCAGUCACUGAGUGCCAACCCGUCCAUCCCCAGCAGCCUCGUCCAUCUGGACCUCUCAGGGAACAUCCUCAGAGGGGACGACAUGCAGCAUUUCUACAAUUUCUUGAGUCAGCCCAACCGAUUGGCAACCCUUGAUCUCUCCAACACGGACUGCUCAUUGGAUCAAGUUUGUUCUGCUCUCUUACGAGGCUCGGCCCAGCAUCUGUCUGUCCUUAAUGUCUCAAAGAGCGUCUUUCCUCACAGGAAAGGCAAGGAGGUGCCACCGUCAUUCAAGCACUUCUUCAGCAGCGCCAUGUCCCUCAGCUCCAUCAAUGUGUCAGGAACAAAACUGGCACCGGAUGUCCUCAAAGCUCUGCUGCUUGGUCUGGCCAGUAACCCCAAUAUAAAGGAUGUGUCUUUAGACCUCAGCUGUUGUGAGUUGCGUUCUGGAGGGUCACAGAUACUUGAAGGCUGCAUUGCUGAGAUUCCAAAUAUCUCCAGCCUGGAUAUCUCUGACAAUAGUCUGGACUCUGAUCUUUCGACUUUGCUUAUUUGGUUGGCUAAAAACCGAUCGAUAAGGCAUUUGUCUCUAGGCAAGAACUUCAACAACAUCAAGUCCAAAAACCUAGCCCCAGUGUUGGACAGUCUGGUUCACAUGAUCCAGGAGGAAGAGUCACCGCUCACCUCUUUGUCACUGGCCGACUCCCGACUGAAGAGCGACCUGACCAUCAUUCUGAACGCGCUCGGCAGCAACACGUCGCUCACCAGGCUCGACAUCAGCGGCAACGCGAUGGGCGACAUGGGUGCCAAGAUGCUGGCAAAGGCGCUGCAGAUUAACUCGAAACUCAGGACGGUGAUCUGGGAUAAAAACAACACCGGUCCUCAGGGUCUACAGGAUGUUGCAACAGCUCUGGAGAAGAACUUCACAAUCCGUUUCAUGCCCAUCCCCAUCAUUGACGCCUCUCAGGCGCUCAAGGCCAGUCCAGAGAAGACCGAGGACGCCUUGCUCAAGAUUGAAAACUAUCUGUACAGAAAUCACGAAACCAGGAAAUACCAACAAGAACAGGCCUAUCGCCUUCAACAGGGCAUUGUGACCACAACCACGCAGCAGAUGAUGGACAGGAUUUGCGUGAAGGUGCAGGACCACCUGAACUCUCUGAGAAACUCCGAGACUGACGCCAUCCUUGAAGACGUCAGAUCUGCUGAAAGCCUCAUCAAAGACGCAAAGAACUCGAAAACGCUCCUCCCAAACCUGUACCACCUGGGCUCGACUUCGAGAGAGGAGGUGCACCGCGCCUCUGCGGGCCCCAUACAGGAGAAAUUGGAGUCCAUGGCGGGCGAGGUGACGUCUGUCAUGGACCAACAGCUGCAGAGCCUGUUGGAAUCUAUGAUGGACGCAGCGGAGUCUCUGUGUCCGCAUGUGAUGAAAAGGUGUAACCUGCGCUCCGACCUCAUCAAGGCCAGCUCGACCAAGAUGGUCGUCCCCAAGAGUUUUGUCACCAAAACUCUCCUGGAGCAGUCUGGUAUUGACAUCAUUAAUAAGAUCAGUGAGGUCAAGCUGGGCCUUGCCUCCUUCCUGUCCGACCGUAUCGUCGACGAGAUUUUGGAGGCUCUGUCCACUUCGCAACACACUUUGGCAGACCAUCUCGUGCGGAGAGGGCGCCCCCUGGUGCAGCAGGAGUCGGUCGACCUGGACGUUCCCGAGGAGAGGAUUCCUAAACGGGCAUCCACUGAGAUCCUUGAGGGCGAGCGGCUGGACGAACUGGAGUCGUGCAUGAUGACCCCAAAGACAAAGAGGAAAAGCAUCCAUAGUAGAAUGCUGAGGCCCGUGUCUCGUGCCUUUGAAAUGGAGUUUGACCUGGACAAAGCGUUGGAGGACGUGCCGGUGCACGUGGAGGACACGCCGCCGCCGCCCCCCCCGUCGCACUCUUCUCCAGCUCCUUCUCAGCCCUCGGCCAAAGCGGAGCCGCGUCUGCCCGGGGGCAUGUUGGAGCUUCCCUCCGAGGAGGAGAAGAAGCUGCAGCACUUCACAAAACUAAGACCCCGCAGGAACAAGAAGACGCACUCCAGCAAAAUACCACAAAUGAACAACGCCCCACCUCAGGAUGGGGAGCAGAACGGCCUGAUGGGACGAGUGGAUGAGGGGGUGGAUGAAUUCUUCUCCAAAAAAGUCACAAAGAUGGAUUCAAAACGUUCCAUGAAGGGCUCCGAAUCUCACGAUGGGGAGAAGAAGAAGAGCAAAGGAGGCUUCCUCAACCUCAUCAAACGUUCUUCCAAAUCGGAUAAAUCGGACAAGUUGGAAAAAUUGGAGAAAAAUCAGGUGACCCCUUCGUCCUCGGCUACGUCUUCAGCGUCUUUAGCGUCCGUUUCCAGCAUCGCGGAGGAGCCCGCCUCGCCAAAGUCGACAGUCAAAAGUCCAGCACCGGAGCCAAAGUCCAGAGACUCGUCCAGUCGCUCACAGCCGGCAGACUACAGCAGCGGCUCGGAACGCUCGGAAGAGCUGAGGACGCCCGACUCCAUAGACGAGCCGUGGGAGGGCUCCGACGGGCGAGGGAGUCCCCAGGGAGGCCGGCGCUACCCGGGCAUGCAAAUGAUGGGUGGCGGGCUCCUGGCGGAGAUGAAGGCCAAGCAGGAGAGGAGAGCGCAUAAGUCCUCCAGCCCUGACAGACCCGACAGCAACGCCACCGGUUCACCAGAGAAGAGCUCGGCUCGCGUUGAAACAAAGCCCGAUCCCGCCCCUCGCACCCGUGUCCUGUCCUCCUCGGGCGCUCCCGGGGGGCCGGUCAGCCCUAAACCGGCCAUGCCCCUCGGAACAAAGCCCGCCCUGUCCUCCCGGCCCUCCCUGCCUCAGAAGCCGAGGACCGGCAGCGGUCGGAGCAUAGAUGAGAGCACGGACACCAGCAACGGCGGGGGGCCGGGGGGGCUGUCUCCCAAAGUGACAGCUCUCCCGUCGCUAAAGAAGGUGCUGGCAGAGAAAGACAAGGAGGGCCACAACAGUCUGCAGCCGGGAGGUUCUGCCAAUAAACCCACUCAGGAAGGGAGGAAAGCGUCCACGUCCGCGUCCGACCCCAGCCAGCGCUCCAGCCACCAGCGCAGCAACUCGGACGACCACGGCCCCUUGAGGCCCAAGGGACCGUCUCCGAAUCCGGACAAGGACAAAGCCGGCAAAAAACCUUCCAAUCCUGGGGAGGAAGCCGACAAAGAAAUUAUUUUAAUAUAAAUGCAUGGCAUUUAAAUGCAAAAAAAAAAAAAUGAACCCAUGUUGUUUCAUUUGAAAACGACUCAAAUGGGCAAUAUAAGGAAUACUUAUUUAUAACUUGUACACUAAGAGUACAAGUGACGUAAUACCUGUUGCCUGUUAAUAGGUAUCGUCAUGUUUUUUUUUUCCUCUCUCUCUCUUUCUGAUGUCACCUACUAAACCAAACACUAAGAGCUUCCCUAAUCGUACAGAAAUAUUUCUUUCAAUCCGGUACUUCAAAGUGUUCCCGAGCGCUCACUCGGGUGAUGAAUCGUGCGAGCUGACUGAUUAAAACCACUAAAGAGGAGGCAGGAACUCGCUUCCGGUGGAACGGCAAGCGUGGGCUCGGAACUCUCAAGCGAGGCUGUGAAAAAUGACUGAUGAUGAUGAUGAUGAUAAUCGCAUAUGCUUUUUCUCGCAGUAGCUUGUCUCCAGGGACCAAACCCGAUUAAUUUUAAGAACACCACUUACCAGUAUCCUGUACUUGAAGUUUACCGUAGUUAGUACCGGCCUCAGCGGCGUUCUCCUUUCUUUGAUACUUCAAUCUGUCUGGCCUAAAAUAUGUAUCCUGCUCCCAUUAUGCAACUGAUCUUUUUUUUUUUUUUUACAGGACAAUGCAGGUUCUAGCUGAGCAUCUCGGCUCACUGGCGAAUCACAGCAAUGUAGCUUACCCGUACGGAACAAUCCGCGCUCAUCCGGGUCGUCGCCGGUGAGGUUUUUCGAAACGCUCUUUGCGGUUCAAAUGAGCUUUCUAUCGACAAAGGCUUCAGCACUGUUAACUAACGAGCAUUCACGCACUGUGGGCGGAACGAAUAAUUUUGUUACCCUUUAACUGCGGGGG